AUGGGCAUCUUCAGCUUCAGGAAAAAAGACAAGAAAAAGGAGGGACUGGACUCCCAUGCAAGGCAAUCAUCUUGGUCUUCUGCAUCUGGACAGAAGGGCCAUGCUCAACAUGUCAUCUCUUCCCUCUACGGGCCUACCUAUGCUUCAGCCGCACUGAUUGCCCUACUCCCAGAGGGCGUCCUCGAGCGCAUCUUUGCUUUCGUCUGUCCUCAUAGUCAAGAUGAGACAUACGAGAACUGCGAGCAGAGCGCACUGGAGGAUACCUGCAUGCUCUGUGACAUGAGGGACCUUGCGCAUUGUGUCCAAGUUUGCAAGAGAUGGAGGAACCCGGCCAGGAACCUUUUAUACCAUAGUAUCCGAAUCGACUCGGUCCACUAUUGCGAGCGCGAAGCCUACCUAGCCGAAAUGCGCAAGAGGCGCACACGAUUUGAUCGCAACGGAGACCCGGAAGAUGUCCCAAGCGCCCGGCUGAAGCUUCUCUGUCGUACCUUGCGCGAGGAUCCUACCAGGCUCGGCUCUCGCGUCUGUUUCUUCAAGACGCCGUACAUGCUACGCGAGGGUGCGCAGGCUGAUCUAGCUCGCACUAUCGCCGUUCUACCUCAUCUGUUUUACGUCGACCUACCAGAGGGCCUCUAUUCGGACGACUCUGCCUACGCAACUUUGCGGCUGGAGGUUGAGGCCAGGUGCCCGAAUCUUCAGAAGAUGACGUAUCGCGCUGGCUCAGAGCGUAGUCUGGCUCGGCUAUCCCACGGGAGGAUAUGGUGCAACCUUCAAGUCCUUGAACUGAUCAACAUCAACAUGGAUCCAAGCAUCCUUCGCCAGGUUCUUGGCGCCCUGCGAUACCUGCGGGCACUCAAGGUGACGGAGAGCAAGACAUUUACCGACGACGUAUUCGCGUACAAUGAGAUGCUACCUCCCUUCCCUGCUCUCGAGCAGCUGGUCCUCACCAAGACACCGGGCAUCACUUCUGCUGGUCUGGUGGAAUACCUCAGUCGGCCCGAGCCGCGCAUGACACUUACGGAUUUGUCUCUCGUCAAAACAGGCGUGGAAGUACCUCUUCUGCAUGAAGUUGUUAUCGCAGCAACGUCGUUGAAGUCGCUCGCCGUGCAAGCCAAAGUUGAUGGCCCUUUCAAAAGUGGCCCUCACACUCAGCGGCUCACAUCCGGAUCACUGGAGACGCUACGCUUCGAGAUCAGUGGUGACUCGGGCGCCAGUCCCUAUUCUAGCUCCGCCGCCUCGACGUACUACACAUAUCUUGCUUCCUCCAUCCUCGGAGGGGGGUUGAGGAAUUUACGAGCGGUCUAUGUCCUGGAUGAGGACUUUGCAGAUAUGCUGCAAGGCCUCCCCCCGCCGCCACUGCCUCGCGCACCUUUUGCUCAAGGAACAGGGUCGCGGCCCCGAUCAUCUGGUUCGGGUAUGUCCAUGUCGACGUCGCCAAGGGGCGGGUUCCUCGCUCCGCCGAACGCCGCCAGCCCCGACUUGGCCCCUCCUCGGCGGCCCUUCGCAGUGCCGUCUGCUCCUGCCUCCAACCGUUUCAGUUCCAACAACCCGUUCGCCGGCACGGGCUCUCUCACCCACACCCUCGAGGUCUUUGCCAAGCGCGACGAGGCCAUGAAUUGGUCCUUCGUCAAGGUGUCUCCGGACGCCGCACUAGCGCCUUCUUCCUCGCGCCAUAGCAUGGUUGGCGGCGCGCGCCACGACCGGCCCCUGAGCACCUACGGUCUCGGCGCGGACAUUGCUGGCCAAGGAUGGAACACGCCUGGCGCACGGAGGAGUGUCAUGGUAGGCAAUGGCGUGGGCGGCUUCGUAGCCAUACCGACCCAUGAACCCGCCGGCUUGAAACCGCCGGGGGGUGAUGCGUUGUGGCCCCGCCCUCUGACUAGCGAUGGAGAGAAGAAGGGCGAUCGGGAUAUAUGGCGGUAA